UGUUUGGGCUCAUGCCAUUUGUAUAGCGUUGCCCUUACGGUCGCGGCCUGUGCCGGAGCGCCGUGCCCGAGAGUCCGAGCAUGUCUACAGUGGACGUGGCCGAUGCGUUGCGCACGCUGGUGACGCAGCGUGCCAUGAGGCGACCAAGCUCAGCUUCCCCAGUGGUGCAUUACUCAGAGAUGGUGCCAGAGCACAAUGAGGAAAGCCGCCGGGAAGACUGGAGCAGCCGAAUUCCGCCUGCACAGCACUUUGAUCAUAGCCUACCAGGCUUCGAUCAAAUGGAAAAGAACUUGGCCGCCCUGUCUGAGCAGAGGAUCUUGACUUACAAGGCCAUCCAGCGUGAGGUGAUUGAUCGAGAGAAGUGGGCGGAACUUGCGCUGGCGAGAUGUCAGGAGGCUGAAACGCGCUGCUUCAAUGCCGAGCGACAACUGGAGAGGUAUCGGCAGAAUGAGAGGCUUCUCAAGGCCACCCAAGAAGAAAUCCGGGUUUUGUGGAUGUAUGUGGACCAAGCUCGCCAAGAGAAUGCUCGGCUGAAGGAGUCCAUCGAAGAGAAAGACUCGAGAAUCAAUGCCCUUCAAGCUGAGUUGGCCAAGGGCUCCGACAAGGAGCAGCCAUCAGUUGGCAUGCCAAAGGUAUUUCGCCAAGGGAAGGUGGCUAUGCUCAAAAAUGUGGCUCCGAAACCUGAGGAGAAACUUCGUAAAAAGAAAACAUCUAAGAGACCAAGUACUGUCAGUACUGAUCAGGCAGGUGCAUCGUGGCCACUGAAGAGCUCCCAGGGCACUGACAGGUGAUGAGCAAGCUGUGUAUAGUCGCUGGUGAAGCUUCCGAACUGGAAUUGCCAAUGGCUUCAGUGGUGGGAACAGUCUGACUUUCGCUCCUGCUAUUUUAGAGGUUUUUGGAGUUUAUGUCUAUGUUUUGAUUAGUGUGCUUCUUUGUUGCCACUGUUCGUUUAAGAUGCAACUCCUUCCUGUCUUUGCAAUCCACCACUGCACAACCAGCUGUUCACGCGGACAUUUGCGUCAAUCAUAGUUCCGAUGAGGUGUGUAGGUCUCAUGCUUCCUUACGUCCCCAUUUGCAUCCAAAUAUCCCGCUCUGAAUCGUCGCUAAGCCAGAUGAUUUGAUGGGUUCUGGGUGUGAGGACGAAGUUUGCUGCGUAGACUAAGCCAAUUUCUGACGUGCGGCUGCUUUGCCUUCGUGCGCGCUACCGCAAAAAUGUGGAGCAUGCAUGGCAUGCGGCUGUCGGAAACGAUGCCAGACUGCCAGACCC